AUGGAUAUUGGAAAAACUAAUAAUGAUGAUCAUGAGAAGAAGGAUAAGAGCUUUGUUUGCGACAUUUGUCACCAAUCAUUUUCAACCGGCCAAGGUCUAGGAGGUCAUAGGCGAAUACACUUCCUCCCAAACCCAAUAAUGAAAAUCCCAAACCAAAGCCUAGAUCUGGCCCGGAUUUUUGAUGAUUGGUACAAGUCGAAUCUUACCCAUGAAAACAAAGUUGAUCAAGAAGUGGGUCUUCAAAGGUGCAAGAUUUGUGAUCAGAAUUUUCCAUCUAGGCAAGAUUUAGAAGGUCAUAUGAGGUUACAUUAUGUUGUUCCUUGUUCGGGCUCUGGUUUGGGUUCAGGUUCAGGUUCGGGUUCGGGUCAAAGUAGCUCACAAACUAAUCAUGAUGAUCAUGAUCAUGAUGAUGAGAAGAAGGAUAAGAGGCAUGUUUGCAACAUUUGUGACCAAUCAUUUUCAUCCGGCCCAGCUCUAGGAGGUCAUAAGCGGACACACUUUCUCCCAAACCCAAUAAUGAAAAACCCAAACCAAACCCUAGAUCUGGCCCGGUUUUUUGAUGAUUUGUACAAGUCGAAUCUUACCCAUGACAAAGAAGUUCAUCAAGAAGUGGGUUUUCAUAAGUGCAAGAUUUGUGAUCAGAAUUUUCCAUCUGGGCAAGAUUUAGAAGGUCAUAUGAGGUUACAUUAUGUUGUUCCUCGUUCGGGCUCUGAUUCGGGUUCAGGGUCAGGUUCAGGUUCGGGUCAAAGUAGCUCCCAAAUGGGUCAAGGUGUUAGAAGUACAAUUCAUGAAUUUGAUCUUAAUGUACCUGCCGUGGAUAAAGCUGAGGAUGCAUCAGUUGAAUGA